UAUCUACUGUGAGAGCCGAUGAGUGCUUUUGGGGAAGCGGGACUCCUCUUUACCCGCCUCCGAGGCGCUCUGCAGUCAUCUAUCUCUUCCUUUCUCCGUCCCUCGGCUCUAAUACUGUCCCCGAGGGCAGAGAUUUUACUGCUAAUGCUGGAAAUCUCAUAUGUGGGAAGAUCAGGGCUUGUGCAGACACCCAUCAUUACUAAUACCACUCUGCUGGGCCCCGGGUUAACACACUCCCACACACAAAGCCUUAGUCCCUUCUCAUGCCAUACCUCCUUACUCCUGAUAUUAUUUUAGAAACAAUGUAUGAAAUUAUUAGGAUUAUGUAUUGAACAACAUCAGUGCUCCCACAUUUCAUCUAAAAGGCAGAUUGAUUUUUGUUUGUAUAUUUUCCUGCUUCAUCUUCUGUGUGUCUGUGUCUGUGUGUCUGUGUGUCUGUGUGUGUGUGUCUGUGUCUGUGUGUGUGUGUCAGGUACCUGCUGAAGCCUGACUUCAUGCGGCGGUCAGACAGGAUGUUUGAUCCUUUCUCAGAGACGCCUGUGGAUGGAGUCAUCGCUGCAACCUGCAGCGUACAGGUGUUCUCUGGACAGUUCCUGUCGGACAAGAAAAUCGGCACAUAUGUUGAGGUCGACAUGUACGGGCUGCCGACGGACACCAUCCGCAAGGAGUUCCGCACACGUAUGGUGAUGAACAAUGGACUGAACCCAGCCUACAACGAGGAGCCCUUUGUCUUCAGAAAGGUAGCGAGAAGGAGCAGCGGAGGAGGUGUUGUUGGGAGAGGCGAGGGAAGGAGCAGCGGAGGUGGAGAUAACGGAUACAGUGAGGCAAAAAGCAAAUGUGCUGCACUCAUUUGAAUGCUGUCUGCAUUGUGAUGAAUGCUGCAGUAGUUGGAACAGUCGGAGGAAACGGAGAGGGAUGGAGGACAGCCAUGAUUUGAAUUGGAAGAAAGGUCUCGUGAUGAUGGAAGCAAGUCACUCGGUGGUUAAAAAUCUAGAGGAGGAAAUGUGAUGAGGGAUAGUGUUUUGGUCAUUUGCAGAAUAUCACAAACCUAAACAGAGAGGGGGCAAGAGGAGGCAAGGUGUCUUGUUUGCCUGUGUUUGGUCUGCAGAGAGGAAGGAAGUGGAAAGAAUCAAAGGAUAGGAAGAAGAAAAGAACAUAAACAAACUGAUGGAGGAAGAGAAAAAAGGGAGAAUGAAGGAGAGAGAUUAGAGAUAUUGAGAACGAAAGAGAAAGAAACGUGUGCAAUAGUGCUGCUCUCAGCAGAAUGAGGAGUCUCUCAGCCAUGACUGUGACUCCAGCUUCCUAACACACACCAUCAAUCACAGCCUGCCGCAGUGCUGCUCUGCACACACACACACACACACACACACACACACACAGAGCUAUCAGAGGGGCAUCACAAGCAGAGCUGCUGGCAAGGCUCGU